AUGUCACAACCCCAAGAGCAGCCUCCUCCCUCUCAGCGAGAGAAAUAUGCGAAAGCAGUCCACAAUGCCGCGUUAUUUGCGGUCAUAGCCUGUCCGGUGCUUGCUCUAAUUCCACCUCGAAAGCUCGACGUCUACACACUAGGACUGGUCGGCGUUACUGGCUAUUCAGCGAACUAUUUGGUUGCGGAAUCAACUGGAAGGACAGUAUGGCAGCAUGUAAGUCGGCAAGCGAUCAAUACUCCAACAAGACUUGAGAAAGAGCAAGGCAGUGUGGUUGGAGAACUUCAGAAAGAGGGCCGUGGAUCACGAGAGACUUGGAAGAUGCAGAGACGGAAAGAGAUUGAACAGGAUGUGGAGGAAGGCAAGGGCUUUGGAGAUAUGAUCGUAGACCAAAUCUGGCACGUGUGGAAUCAAGGGAAAUCGGCAGAUGAGGAAGAGGAGGAAGAAUGA